CCCCCAUUUACUUCCACUCCUGUGGGGUCGAGUCUCUCUCUCUCUCUUUCUCCCCCACCGGACUCAGUGCUAGUCGCAUCGCAGGGGCAUCGUAAGCAUGGCUACGGGGCAGCAGUUAGCUUUAUUCAGUGUCUCAGACAAGACUGGCCUGGUGGAAUUUGCAAAAUGUCUCAGUUCUUUGGGUUUGGCCUUGGUUGCUUCUGGAGGAACAGCAAAAGCCCUUCGGGAUGCAGGUCUGAAUGUCAGAGAUGUUUCUGAUCUUACUGGCUUUCCAGAAAUGUUGGGAGGGCGUGUGAAGACUCUUCACCCCGCGGUACAUGCAGGUAUUUUAGCACGUGACAUUCCACAAGAUAAAGCUGACAUGGCUAAAUUGGACUUCAGCCUUGUAAGAGUUGCAGUUUGCAAUCUGUACCCUUUUGUCAAGACAGUUGCAUCCCCGAAUGUAACUGUCCAAGAAGCAGUUGAACAGAUUGACAUUGGAGGAGUAGCUUUACUGAGGGCGGCUGCAAAAAACCAUGCUCGUGUGACAGUUGUGUGUGAUCCCAGCGACUACAGCACAGUAGCAAAGGAAAUGAAGGCCUCAAGUAGUAAGGAUACCACCUUGGAAACUCGGCGCCAGUUAGCACUAAAGGCUUUCACGCACACUGCCCAGUACGACAUGGCCAUCUCUGAUUACUUCAGGAAAGAGUACAGCAAAGGAGUGUCCCAACUUCCACUGAGAUAUGGCAUGAAUCCACACCAGACUCCUGCUCAGCUCUACACUCUGAGGCCAAAGCUUCCUCUGACAGUCCUGAAUGGCUCCCCGGGAUUUAUCAACCUGUGCGAUGCUCUAAAUGCCUGGCAGUUGGUCAAGGAGCUCAAGCAGGCUUUGGACCUUCCAGCUGCAGCCUCCUUCAAGCACGUCAGUCCAGCAGGUGCAGCUGUGGGCGUGCUCCUCAGUGAAGAAGAAGCUGCGGUCUGUAUGGUCCAGGACAUGCACAGCAUGCUGACACCUUUGGCGUCUGCAUAUGCUCGGGCAAGAGGUGCCGACCGAAUGUCAUCCUUUGGUGACUUCGUUGCUCUCUCUGAUACCUGUGAUGUCCCCACAGCAAAGAUCAUUUCCAGAGAGGUAUCUGAUGGGGUUGUGGCUCCCGGGUAUGAUGAAGAAGCCCUCAAAAUCCUGUCCAAAAAGAAAAAUGGGAACUACUGUGUACUCCAGAUGGACCCUGCUUAUGAGCCAGAUGAAAAUGAGAUCCGCACUCUGUUUGGACUGUACCUAGCACAGAAGAGGAAUGACUGCGUGAUUGACCGGUCGCUGUUCAAGAACGUGGUUACUAAGAAUAAAAAUCUGCCUGAGCCAGCUAUCCGAGAUCUGAUUGUAGCAAGCAUUGCGGUCAAAUAUACCCAGUCUAAUUCUGUCUGCUAUGCCAAGAAUGGACAGGUGGUCGGCAUCGGGGCAGGGCAGCAGUCCCGAAUACACUGCACCCGCCUGGCCGGAGACAAGGCAAACCACUGGUGGCUCAGACUUCACCCACGAGUGCUCUCCAUGAAGUUCAAAGCUGGAGUGAAAAGAGCGGAGAUCUCCAAUGCCAUUGAUCAGUAUGUCACUGGGACCAUCGGUGAGGAUGAAGAUCUUGUCAAGUGGAAGGCACUGUUUGAGGAAGUCCCAGCUCUGCUGACUGAGGCUGAAAAAAAGGCAUGGAUUGGGAAACUCAGUGGAGUCUCGCUCAGCUCUGAUGCCUUCUUUCCUUUUAGGGAUAAUGUGGAUAGAGCCAAACAGAGUGGUGUCCAGUUCAUUGCUGCCCCAUCUGGUUCGGCUGCUGACCAAGUUGUGAUUGAAGCCUGCAACGAGCUGGGAAUAACGCUCAUUCAUACCAAUCUCCGUCUGUUCCACCACUGAGGUUCCCCAGGGCCGUUCCAGACAGCCCCUUUGCCCAUUGCUCCGUUUAUUAGUUUCAAGCUAUGACAGCAUCUUCUCAGUUUAAAAGAAGUUUAAGAAUGCCUACUCUCUUUUUCGGUCUGUCGAGAACAUCAAUGGCUAUAAGAGUACUAAAGCAAAAUAGUUAACUUCUAAAGGAUGUCCGAAAAAUAAAUGAACACAACUGCUGGUAA